GAAGAAAAGAAGAAGAAAAGAAGAAAGAAAGAAGGGUUGUUGAUUCUCCAUUAUACUAUAUGUGUGUGUAUAUAUAUUUAUUAGGCCAAAGGCACAGAGAAAUCCAUGGCACCUGUGAGCUCCCAUGGUGGUCCUUCACACGCUUCUUUUGGGCCCCUCCACCUUCCAUACUAAAUACUCUACUCCACACCACACCCCCCUUCUAACCAUUUCUGUAUAUUUCUCGCAGAUUCAUCAGAUCCCAACCCAUAAAGCAAUUCUGCAAAAAGCAAAAGCACUUCUGCUCUGCAAACUCCUCUUUCCUUUCCUUUCCUUUCCUUUCCCUUGCUUUCCCUCUCCCCUCGUUCCUUUUUUCCUCGUUUUCCCUCCUUAUCCUCACCCCCCCUACCAUUCUCUUCCUUAUCUUUUUGCAACUUCACCAUUUUUCUUUUCCUCAACUGGGUUUCUGUUGCCGAUCAUUCUUUUUCCCUCUUGUAAUCGCUCUCAUCAAUCGCCUUCACCCCAUUUUAGGGUUCUGGCAUUUAGAUCUGAAACCGUCCGACAGGAACUGUUUGGAUUUCUUUGUACUACUUUUGAGAUGCAGAGGCCACCACCAGAAGACUUUCUAUUGAAGGAGACCAAUCCCCAUCUUGGUGGGGGGAAGGUCACCGGAGAUAAGCUCACGAGCACGUAUGAUCUCGUUGAGCAAAUGCAGUAUCUCUACGUCCGUGUUGUCAAAGCGAAAGAAUUGCCUGGAAAGGAUGUUACUGGUAGCUGUGACCCUUAUGUGGAAGUGAAGCUUGGGAACUACAAGGGUACAACUCGACAUUUUGAGAAGAAGUCAAAUCCUGAGUGGAACCAGGUUUUUGCCUUCUCAAAAGACCGGAUUCAGUCUUCAGUGCUUGAGGUUACUGUGAAGGAUAAAGAUUUUGUUAAGGAUGAUUUCAUGGGUCGUGUUCUGUUCGACAUGAAUGAGAUUCCAAAACGUGUUCCGCCCGACAGUCCAUUGGCUCCUCAAUGGUAUAGACUGGAGGACAAGAAAGGCGAUAAACUGAAAGGAGAGCUGAUGUUGGCUGUUUGGAUGGGCACUCAAGCUGACGAAGCAUUUCCUGAAGCAUGGCAUUCAGAUGCUGCAACUGUCAGUGGAACUGAUGGUCUAGCAAAUAUUCGAUCGAAGGUGUAUCUUUCACCUAAGCUCUGGUAUUUAAGGGUUAAUGUUAUCGAAGCUCAGGACUUACAGCCUACUGAUAAGGGUCGAUACCCUGAAGUUUUUGUUAAGGCUAUCCUGGGAAAUCAAGCUUUGAGAACAAGGAUUUCUCAGAACAGGACAAUCAAUCCAAUGUGGAAUGAGGAUUUGAUGUUUGUAGCUGCAGAACCAUUUGAGGAACCCUUGAUUUUGAGUGUUGAGGACCGAGUUGCUCCAAAUAAGGAUGAAACCCUUGGUAGAUGUGCGAUUCCUUUACAAUAUGUGGACCGGAGAUUGGACCAUAAACCUGUGAACAGCAAAUGGUACAAUCUGGAGAAGCACAUCGUCCUUGAAGGAGAAAAGAAAAAAGAAAUCAAGUUUGCUAGCAGAAUUCAUAUGAGGAUCUGUUUGGAAGGUGGUUAUCAUGUUCUGGACGAAUCGACACACUACAGCAGUGAUCUUCGUCCUACUGCCAAAGUACUGUGGAAGCAGAGCAUUGGGGUGUUGGAAUUAGGUAUCCUCAAUGCUCAGGGAUUGAUGCCCAUGAAGACUAUAGAUGGGCGUGGGACAACGGAUGCAUAUUGUGUGGCGAAAUACGGGCAGAAGUGGGUUCGAACUAGGACGAUCAUUGAUAGCUUCACACCCAAGUGGAAUGAGCAGUACACUUGGGAAGUUUUCGAUCCAUGCACGGUGGUUACGAUUGGUGUUUUUGAUAAUUGUCAUUUGCUCGGUGGAGAUAAAGGUGGAGGGACAAAAGAUUCACGGAUUGGGAAGGUGAGGAUACGUCUUUCAACUCUCGAAACAGAUCGAGUCUACACACAUUCAUAUCCUCUUCUGGUUUUGCACCCAAAUGGAGUGAAGAAGAUGGGUGAGAUACACUUGGCUGUGAGGUUCACUUGCUCUUCCUUGCUGAACAUGAUGCACAUGUACACACAUCCCCUGCUUCCCAAAAUGCAUUAUAUUCAUCCUUUGACGGUCAGCCAGCUUGAUAGCUUAAGGCAUCAGGCGACUCUGAUUGUGUCAAUGAGGCUUUCCCGGGCCGAGCCACCAUUGAGGAAGGAAGUAGUCGAAUAUAUGCUGGAUGUCGGUUCCCACAUGUGGAGCAUGCGAAGAAGCAAAGCAAAUUUCUUCAGGAUUAUGGGAGUUUUAAGUGGAUUAAUAGCAGUAGGAAAAUGGUUUGAUCAGAUUUGCAACUGGAAAAACCCCAUUACCACUGUACUGAUACACAUCCUGUUCAUAAUACUCGUCAUGUACCCAGAGCUUAUCCUUCCUACCAUUUUCCUCUACCUCUUCUUGAUUGGAGUUUGGUACUACCGGUGGAGGCCGAGGCAUCCGCCACACAUGGACACUCGUCUGUCACAUGCAGACUCUGCACACCCUGAUGAACUCGACGAAGAAUUCGACACAUUCCCGACGUCCAGGCCUGGUGACAUAGUGAGGAUGAGGUAUGACCGACUUAGAAGCAUUGCUGGGAGGAUUCAGACUGUUGUGGGCGAUUUGGCGACUCAAGGAGAGAGGUUGCAGUCCUUGCUUAGCUGGAGAGACCCAAGAGCCACUGCCUUGUUUGUUCUGUUCUGUCUUGUUGCUGCCAUUGUCUUAUAUGUCACACCAUUCCAAGUUGUGGCCCUGCUCACCGGAUUUUAUGUUUUGAGACACCCCAGAUUCCGCCAUAAGCUUCCUUCUGUGCCACUGAAUUUCUUCAGGAGGCUGCCUGCAAGGACUGAUUGUAUGUUGUGAUGAGAGCCUGACCAAUGUCUGCGUCUCCCCCUCCGAUUCUCUUGGACUGACCGACGACGAUGACGACAUCGCCACAGUAUUGCAGUUUUUUCUGCAUUUGUCUUUUCAGUUAGAUAAUGAAGACAGGGAAGAAAGAAAGCAAAAGCAGUCUUGUUUGCUUCUUGCAUCUUGAGUGGCUGAUUUUUUGUUCUUUUAUGUGAUGCGUAUGACCUUUCUUUUCCUUCCUUUUUUACCCUUUUUUUUCCUUCUUAACAAAGCCAAUGCAGUGGCAUGUGGGGUUUUUCAUUUCAUUUCAUUUUAUUUUUUUCUUCCUUCCCUCUGUGAAUCAUGUUAUAAAAUAGAGAUAUCUUCCCUUCCCUGAACAGAACAGACCCUUGUGUCAAAAACUCUUUUCCCAUGUUCAUAUAUUACUGUUAACUCAUUCAUCGUCUUAGUUUCGCCCAAAAACUAACUUGCCCCUCCGAUCGAACAGGGAAGCGAUCGUAUCCAGCGACCGUGGCUGUCAGAUGGCGGGUCGAGCUGACCAUGGAUAUGAAAUUGUUGCUAUUACUAUGUCGAGAAUGGGAUUUGGAAUUUGUGUGUUCUGUUUUCUGUUUUGAAAGUAUAUGAGGCUGUUGAUUGAUGGUGUGGAAUUUAGUGACAGUGAUAUGGCUUUUAUCGUAUAGAUUAAUGUAAAGGGAAAGACAAGUUCAUGCGAGACACGAGGCUGUAUGGACUGGUCUUUGUGCUAAAACCAAAAUUGUCUGUCGGUUCUCUUU